AUGCAGGCCAUGCCUCCCUAUCAAACGGAGGUGGCCACUGAGUUGGAAGACCUGCAGAAGUCCAAGGACGGCCUCGAGAAGUGCCUGAGGGUUGUAUCGCAAGCAGAAGAGCAGGUGAACGUCUUUGAGAGGAUCAAUCUGUCGGAAAACUCUGUCAACUUCACCAUCUCUACAGUCGGCAAAAUAGUCAAAACGAGGGAUGUGACCCUCUCGGGUGGCUCGUUCAACUUUGGCGGACAAGUUGGGAGCGCGGAGCUCGCAGCGUUAUUCCAAGGACUUGGAUUUGCUGGCAGAGUUGCGUACGGUGCACCAUUCGCCGCAGAGAAGGACGAAGGCGCAGCAUCUGCAGGACUAUUGCGAUCCGAAAGAAGCCAAAACAUAGAUAACACCCUGGAGCAGUCAGCGGAGGUGCCGCGGGUGACGGCAGCGAAUGGGAAAGGCCUAAGAGACCGGGACUCAAGCAGCAGAGAAGAUCCUGUCUCCUCCGGGGUUGUCAUGUGCGAAUCUGGUAUGGCAUUAUCAGCGUCGAGGACCAUGCAAUCAUCAAGGCAAACGUGGUAG